GCAGCUCAAAAGUUUCAUUUUUGAGUUCAGUUAUAACAUAACAAAUCUCAAUUAAGUCACUUUGUCAAAGAGAAUAUCAGAAAAAGGCUUACGAAAGAAAAAGUCAGAUGAAUGGCAAAGGCUUGGAUAUUCUUUUAUCUCCUCCUCAUCGGAAGUUGAAUGAGUUGAGUUUCAAACGGUGUCUCCACAAUGACGCCACCAUCCCAACAAAGGGCUAAGCAGCACCGACGACCGGCAAUCAGUCUAAUUCGGUGCCAACCCAACAAAGGGCUAAGCAGCACCAACGAUCCGGAAUCAUUCUAAUUAUUCAUAUAGGUGCCACUAACCCAACAAAGGAUCAUAAGCGACACUGACGACCGUCAAGACUGCUUCAAGCUCCGGCAAGACUGCUACAAGCUCCUGCCAGACCCCUACAAGCUCUUGUCGGACCACUACAAGCUCCUGCUGGACUGCUACAAACUCAUGCCAGACCGCUACAAACUCAUGCCAGACCGCUACAAGCUCCUUCCAGACCGCUACAAGUUCCUGUCGGAUUGCUACAAGCUCAUGCCAAACUGCUACAAGCUCCUGCCAGACCGCUACAAGCUCCUGCCAAACUGCUACAAGCUCCUUGAAGUUUCUUCAAACCGACAAAAUAGUCAGUCUUCACACCGACAAAAUAGGCGAUCUUCACACCAACGAGCGGCACGAACAGCCGGUAAUCGGCCAAAGCUCUUCCUCUUCAAAGAAUGACAUCAAUUUGAAGUCGUUUGAAAUAGCAGGAUCUUGAACUCUCAAUUGCUCUGGCGAGUGGAGAACUAAUACAUUAAAAGUUUUAAGCAGCCAAAAUUUGAUUGUCCAUCCAAAAAAAAUAGAGGCACAAAAAAAAAGCAUCAGAAAGGUAGAGGCUUUAAAAAAAAACAUCUGCCUUUAAAAGAUAAAUCAAUUGGCUCAAUACAAAUCAGCCCAAUAUUUUAAAAGCGGAAUUGGCAGACUCCGUCCAAUACCUCCUUGGUGGUCAUCUUCUUCACGCGUAAAUAAUAGCAGCGAACCAGCUCCCCUCUGAACCUCGAACGAGCGGCACCGACUCUGAUGGCACGAACCUUUGACGGGGUCAGCUUCGGUCACCGACCUCCAGCAUCCCAGAAGUUCCUCUCUCCAAGCGAACGAACAGCCGGCAAUGAAUCCCCGCUCUGCUUUAACCUUCUUGGAUCGGCUUUGAAGUGCUGCAUCGACAGAAAUCCGGCUAAGCAACCACCGACCUCUGGCAAUGAAGCAUCUCCUCUCUGGCAGCAAUGGAAAACGCCAACUCAGGUUCUCCUCCUUCCGGCAAAUUAGGACGGCCACUCUUCCAGGAUGUUUUUUUUCCCCUCUCUCCACGAGCCUGCAGCUCACCAGAGCAAUCGGCGGCAACCCUCAGCCAGACCCUCCUCUCCAGCGAGUCAAUCUGCAAACCGCAACAAAGAAAAUCACUUCCUUGGUUGAAAAUAAUGGCAGCAAUGGUGAUACUCCUCCCAGGCUUUGGACGGCCAAAUCUUUCAAUUUCCUCCCAUUGACAUCACUGUCUAACAACGGAGCAUACAAAGUUGCUCUAAUUUCUGACUGUUGGCCUUCGAAAAAAACGAAAACAACGAGCCGGCAGAGCUUCAACAGCACCACCACCGCCAGUUUAUUCACCAAGGUCUCUUCCUCACCAAAGCCAUGAUUUUGAGAAUCAACUAGAGUUACUAGAUCAAGUUUCAGGUCCUGCCAUCGUCUUCCUCAUAUAGAUAGCAGCUACAAAACCAACAAAAAAAAAACUGCAAGUGUUCCGGCGACGGGAUAGAAACAACACCCAUACGGCGGUGGCCUUUUCUCCAUCACCAUCUCAAGUCCGGGCGAUAAUUAAGCAAUGGCUUCCUCUAAAUUCCGAACGGCAACAUCGACGUUAGUUUCUCUCUGGCGAACGGCACCGGCAAUCUGAUUUUGAAACAUCCCUGCAAGUCUGCAAAAACAAAAAAAAAAAGAGAUGUGUGAAGAGAAUGAGGAAUUUUACCUAUUUUCUAUCUUCCGCCUGCUGCUCUUGUUGAUGCGUACAUAUGAGUGGCUUGGCUCCUAUAUUUAUAGGAAAUUUGGGAUCUUAAAAUAAAACUUGGACUCUAAAGUGAGAGUCCUAAAAGGACUUCAAAGUUUGAGUUACGGCUGCCUUAGCUCUAUCGAUGGGGAUUAAUGAGCUUCGCUAGGCAUUUUUUUUCUUUGCUCUCUCACUGGGCCAAGGAAAAGAAAGAGGUUUUGAAUUAUAGAAUAGAUGGUUCUUAUAAUCAAUUUCGAAACUUACUUUCUCUUGUUCAAACGUUCAAGCAAGUCUCGAGGGGCAUUU